AUGGUCGGUAAUUUUAUCGAAUCGGGUGAACGUUUUAACGUUAAACUGCGCCGCCUCCUUAAAUAUUAUAAAGGCCGUAUAUUUAAUUAUAAAAAAAAAACCAAAGGCAAGUUUUGCACUAAUACCGGUACCAGGUUUAUCGAUAUAUUUCUGGGGCGCGAUUACGAACUGGGUAAUACGGAAAAGUUCAUGUCCUUUAUCCGCAUUUGGAACCUUAGGCUCGAUAUUAACUGUAAAUAG